CUUUAUAAAAGUCUACUUGGGUUAGCUGUUGGACAGGGAUCUUUCUUCUUGGCAGUCCCGGUAAGUCCCUUUUUCCACCGUCCAUCACUCUAUCCCAGCUUCAGCCAUGGCAGCGUUGUUGAGAUCCCUCCUUGCUCUCCUGCUCUCCUCCCUCUUCCUUUCCCACAUCCCAGCUGAUGUCUCAGCCACAACUAUAACGAUGUACAACAAGUGCACCCACCCAGUCUGGCCAGGGAUCCAACCCAGCGCAGGAAAGCCCAUCUUAGCCCGCGGCGGCUUUAAGCUCCCACCAAAGAAGGCCUACACACUCAACCUUCCCGCCCUCUGGUCCGGCCGCCUCUGGGGCCGCCACGGCUGCGCCUUCGACGCCACCGGACGCGGCCGCUGCGCCACUGGCGACUGCGGUGGCUCACUCUUCUGCAAUGGCAUCGGCGGCACCCCACCCGCCACCCUCGCGGAGAUCACCCUCGGUAACGACCAAGACUUCUACGAUGUCAGUCUCGUCGACGGCUACAACCUCGCCAUCUCCAUCACCCCAGUCAAAGGCUCCGGAAAAUGCAGCUACGCUGGGUGUGUCAGCGACCUGAACAUGAUGUGCCCCGUGGGUCUCCAGGUCCGGUCGCACGAUAAAAGGAGAGUGGUGGCUUGCAAGAGCGCUUGCUUUGCGUUCAACUCGCCCAGGUACUGUUGCACCGGGAGCUUUGGAAGCCCCCAGACUUGCAAGCCCACGGCUUAUUCAAGGAUCUUCAAGGUGGCUUGCCCCAAGGCCUACUCUUAUGCUUACGAUGAUCCCACCAGCAUCGCUACAUGCACCGGCAGUAACUAUUUGGUCACCUUCUGCCCUCAUCAGCAGCGCUAAUCAGUGCCUUCAGGCUUCAGUAAUAUAUAUAUAUUUAUAUUAUACUCCUACAGUAUUAGUGGGUGAUGCGUCUUGUAUUAGGUAUGAGAUUACCAGUUCAUGCAAAAGAAAAAGGCAGUGUUUAGAUUAAGCGGAGAAAGGAAGGGCAUUAUGGUAAAUCGGUUUGCGCACUUUUGGGUCUCCUAUUUCGUCUCCGACAUCAAUCAGCCGUCCUUGUCAUUAUUUCUAUGAAACUGUAAACUUUUAUCUUUACUGCUGCAUGUGACUUGUGAGUCGUGGCAGAAUCAUAUCUUCAAGUUUUUUACUCUUCUAAUUAACACGGUAAUUUUAGCUA